CCCUGCCAAAACCCUUCCUUGUCUUUUUUGUUUCAACCUUCUCCCAUGGCGACUCAGCGCUUCUCUUGCUCUCUUCCUAAAACCUUGUCUUUGUUUUCUCGUUCCUUUCUCACUGCCACUGGAGCCACCAUCUCCGUCUCUUCUCACUCCUCUUCCUCCCUUCUCCGCCGCCUCCGUCCCCUCGCUGCUAUACUCGCCGCUGAUUUCCUCUGUCACUCUGCGGCUCCGAGCGUGAGAGUCUUCUCUACCCGUUCCACUUCUUCGUCUAUCAAAGAUCCCAAUCCUAACUCGUCUAGUCGCCCACCCAAGGAGACCAUAUUGCUUGAUGGCUGUGAUUUUGAACACUGGCUCGUUGUCAUGGAGAAGCCAGAUGAUCAACUCACGAGGGAUGAGAUUAUCGACACCUAUAUCAAAACGCUUGCCAUGGUUGUCGGAAGUGAGGAAGAAGCUAGGAUGAAGAUAUACUCUGUUUCAACCAGAUGCUAUUUUGCAUUUGGGUGCCUUGUUUCUGAAGAACUUUCUUACAAAAUCAAAGAGCUGCCCAAGGUUCGUUGGGUCUUACCUGAUUCAUACUUGGACGUCAAGAAUAAAGAUUACGGAGGGGAGCCUUUUAUAAACGGACAAGCUGUUCCGUAUGACCCAAAGUACCACGAAGAAUGGAUUAGAAACAAUGCUAAAAUUAGGCGCCCUGAUGUUAAUGGUAGGCGCAAUUUCGAUAGGUCAAGAAACUUUGAGAGGAGGAGGGAAAACAUGCAGAAUAGAGAAUUUCCAAAUAAUGUUUCGGCGAGUCAACCUACUGGACCAAAAUUGAGUCCACCAGCUCCAAGUAGUAUGCCUCCCAACAACUUUAGUCCUGGCAUGCCCCCUCACAACCAUGCUGGAAUGCCCCAAGGCAACUAUCCGGGAGGAUAUCCGAACAAUUUUAAUAGAUCACUGCCGCCGCCGCCACCACCGCACAACUUUAACGGACCACCGCCUCCACCACCUCACAACUUUAAUGGCCCACCGCCACCGCCACUGAACAACUUUAACGGACCACCGCCUCCACCACCUCACAACUUUAACGGCCCACCACCACCGCCACCGAACAACUUUAACGGACCACCACCACCGCCACCGAACAACUUUAACGGACCACCGCCUCCGCCACCGAACAACUUUAACGAACCACCAGCACUGAACAACUUUAACAGACCACCGCCUCCACCACCGAACAACUUUAACGGAUCACCACCAGCACUGAAUAAUAUCAAUGGACCACCAACGCAAAACAACUUCAACGGACCACCGCCACCAUCAAACCCUGGGGGAGCACCACCACACUACUCUGCGGGGCCGCCAAACAACUAUUGGAGUGCACCACAGCCAAACUUCAGCAGGCCGCCUGCACAGAACAACUAUGGAGGGAUGCAACCUAACGCUGGUGGAUGGUCUAAUUAUGUGCAUAACAAUCGACUAGAAUAGUCGCCAACUGGUCUGGGAAGUCUCAAACUUGCAUAAUUCAUUAAUUUUUUGGAUAUAGUUGCUGCUUGGUUCAAACCUCAAAUUCUACUUGUCGCUGGCCGCCGAGUAUUCGUUCUUGUGCUACAAACGGUCGAGUUUAGUUUUGCUUUUUUGAGUAGGCAUAUGCUUAAAACCUGUUGGGUAUUCUAAAUGCAAGUAUAGUUUAAAAUAUUCAUGUGAUGAUGUAAUUAAUUCAUAAUGUCUCUUUUACGGUUGAUAUUUUAA